GUGAAGAAAAAAAAAAUAAAUAAGAAAAAAAAAGCUAGUGGUGCUGCACUGUUUGUGCUUCUGCUUGUGGGACCGAGUUACAGUAAGAAACGGCGACAAGUAUUUUUAUUUUUUUAUUUUUUAUUUUUUGCUCGGGAAACAUAAAACCGCAUGAAACCGCCGGCAUGUGCUCGCUAAUAAGAGUUGCAGCAUGCAGAACGAUUUGCAGGCUCUCUAAACCAGUAAACCUGAGAAUGACCAUCCCGAACGGGUCGGUGAUAUCGGCCAGAGGCUGCUCCCAGGCUGGAAGUGAGAAGAGCACCCUGAGGUGGGACCUGUCUCCGGACGAGAUCAGGUCCACGACGGACAGCUUGAUCGCCAGAGUAAAGAAGAUCUACGAUGACAUCGGGGCUCUGGACGUAGAAAAUGUCUCUGUUGAGAACACCCUGGAAGCCUUGGCUAAUGCCAAGCUGGAUUAUGCCUCCUCACGCCACGUCCUCGACUUCCCCCAGUACGUUUGUGCGUCUAAGGAGCUCCGGUCAGCGAGCACGGAGGCCGACAAGAAGCUCUCAGAGUUUGACGUGGAGAUCAGCAUGCGGGAAGAUGUGUUCGGACGAAUCACUGCCCUGCAGAAAAAGCUCCAAGAUGUCAAGAUUUCAGCUGAGGAGAAGAGAUUCUUGGACAGGCUUGUUACACUGGGCCAGAGGAAAGGACUUCAUCUGUCCAAGGAAAUACAAGAGGAAAUAAAGAGAACCUCCAAGCUCAUCAGUGAACUCUCCAUAGAGUUCAACAAGAACCUGAACGAGGACAACACGUUUCUUGUCUUUUCUGAGCAUGAACUGGGCGGCCUGGCUGAUAGCUAUCUGAACGGCCUGGAUAAGACGGCGGAGGGCAAGUAUAAAGUGACUCUGGAAUAUCCCCAUUACUACCCCCUGAUGAAGAGGUGUCACAAUCCUGAAACCCGGAGGAAGAUGGAAGCGGCUUUUCACAGCAGGUGUAAAGAGGUAAACACAGCAAUCCUUGAACAGUUGAUACAGCUGCGGGCGAAGGUUGCAGCCUUACUUGGUUACAGCAACCAUGCUAAUUAUGUGCUGGGGGUCAACAUGGCCAAAAAUGCGAGCAAUGUGUCUGACUUUCUAGAUAAGUUCUAUGAGACACUGAAACCCAUUGGAAUUAAGGAGAGGAAAUACAUUCUCGCGCUGAAGAAGAGGGAGUGCUUGAUGAAGGGCUUGCGCUUCGACGGGCAGAUCAACGCCUGGGACUUACCCUACUACAUGAAUCAAGUGGAGCAGUGCAAGUUCGCCGUGAACAAGGACAAACUGAUCGAGUACUUCCCGCUCGACGUGGUGACGGAGGGACUGUUCAGUAUCUACCAGGAGCUGCUGGGACUCAGGUUCACCGAGGUGGAACGUGCUCACGUGUGGCAUGAAGAUGUCAAGCUUUAUUCAGCUCAGGACACUGAAACCGGAGAGGAGGUCGGUCAGUUCUACCUAGACUUGCAUCCGAGGGAAGGAAAAUAUGGCCACGCUGCUUGCUUUGGGCUCCAGCCGGGCUGCAGAGGACCUGAUGGGAAACGCAGGCUUCCAGUGGCAGCUAUGGUGGCUAACUUCACCAAACCCAGGAAAGGCUGGCCCUCUCUCCUCCAACACCAUGAAGUGGAGACUUACUUUCAUGAGUUUGGUCACGUCAUGCACGAGCUGUGCUCUAAGACCACUUUUUCAGAGUUCAGUGGGACUCAGGUGGAGACAGACUUCGUGGAGGUGCCGUCUCAGAUGCUCGAGAACUGGGUUUGGGAGAAGGAACCUCUGAGAAGAAUGUCUCGCCACUACAAGGACGGCAGCCCCAUCCCGGACGAUCUGCUCGACAAACUGAUCAAGUCCAGAGUCGCCAACACCGGUCUGAUGAACCUGCGUCAGGUCGUUCUCAGCAAAGUGGACCAGUCGCUUCACAGCAGCCCUGAAGGGGAUUCAGCUGAGGUGUUCGCAAAGCACUGCCAGGACAUCCUGGGCGUUCCUGCCACACCAGGUACAAACAUGACAGCCAGUUUCGGCCACUUGGCCGGAGGGUACGACGGUCAGUACUACAGCUACCUGUGGAGCGAAGUCUACUCCAUGGACAUUUAUUUCAGCCGCUUUAAAAAAGAAGGCAUCAUGAAUCCCAAGGUGGGAAGAGAGUACAGGCGGGUGAUUCUGGAGGCUGGGGGCUCUGUGGAUGGAAUGGACAUGCUGAAAACCUUCCUUGGACGUGCGCCGUGUCAGGACUCCUUCUUCCGGUGCAAAGGACUGAUUAGGAAAGAAGACACACAAAUGUCAUAAUUUAAAUAUGCAAUGAGACUUUUACCCCGGCGUUCAUUUUGACUCGCCAUAAAAAGAAAAAGUUUGCUCUUAAUAUUAACAAUGUUUUUGCUUUGAUUUAAGUGUCCCGGUAUGUAAGCCAGCACGCACAAGAACCCUUUUAUUAACUGUCUUCCAUCUAUUUUUUUUUUUUUUUUUUAUGUACAUCUGAGCUACUGUGACCAAGCAAUUUCCCAUGUGGAUCGAUAAAAGUCUGAGUCUUUACUACAGCCAUUUUGGCUUGACUGACUCCGAAAAUCAUGUUAAGCAAAUGUGGCUCAGUCCCAAAAGACGACUGACUAGACUGUACAGUUCCAGCACUGAAUAUCCGCCCAACCCUGUAUCCCUGCAGCCAUUAUCCUGCAGAGGGUCGCUAUGAAUGGAGCUGGUAUUGGGCGAGAUGCGGGGGACGAGCUGUACAAGUGGAUAUAGUGAUUAUAGGUCAACAUGAAUGUUGUAAAUGCUGCCAUUUUUUGUGAUUUUCCUUCAAUAAUAAGUCAAGGUGGCUGCUGUGAAAAAGCAGGAAUGACAGUAUUGUUUUAGCAAGAUUGAAGCUGUAGAGAUCGGAAAAUUAUGUCAAAGCUACAGACAGAUUUGUGGGAUUUCCAUGCAUUAAAUUGCACCAGUAUUCAGGCAAGGUGACUCCUCACAAAACCGUGCUAUCAAUGGAAAAAAAAAAUCCCUCCAUUAGUUUUCUGCAGUUAAAUCUUUAAUACGCCUCCAGGUCUUUUAUUUAAAACAUCCUUCCAUUAUCCAUUCCUUGCUUGUCCUGUGGAGGAUUUGCAGGUGACUGGAUUGUGUCCCAGCUGGUGUCGGACGAGAGGCCCGCGGACAUCAACCGUGAAUAUAGUUGAAAGUGGUUGUGUUUAAAUGCUGUCUGUGCUUCUCUUCCUCUGACGACUGAACAGGUGCCUCAAAAUAAUCCCUCCUUAAAGGAAAUCUGGUUUCUGUAAUGACAUAUUUAAAUUAAAAGCCAGGAUCUCCACUGUGAAAGAUGAAAUUUACCUGGAUUGCAAUAAAAAUGAAGCAGGUAAAUAGAAUUAAGAUAUAAUUUAGUUAAUAAUUUGCACAAACCCUUUGUCAAUGUGUCUUCUACAGAGUUUAAAGAACAGAUUGUGUUACAUUCAACUGCAAACAAGGAAUUUCAAGAAAACAAAAUAUUUGUAUCAGAGAAAUACAUUUUUUGUUCAGAGACAAGAACUUUGUGCUUAUUUUAGGAAUUUUUGUCAAGCAAAAAAAGGUUUAACCCAUUUUUUUUAUAAUACAAGAUGAUUUGAUCGGAUAUAAGAAUAUUUAGCUUCUUUCUAGUGUAAUGCUGUUUUUGAAGUGUAUUUGCAACAACUUUCACAUGUGUAUGAACCGAAGGCAGGUGGCUCACAGAACUUUACUUUUAAUGGAGAAAAAAAAAUCAUCCCUCUAAAGAAUUUAAGUUUAUGUAAUGAAAUCUUUAAACUGCCAAGCCAAGAUGUCUGCAAUGCAAGAAACAAUAUACAUGGAUUGCAAAACGAAUUAAGCAGAUAAACAGAAUUAAGUAGUAAUUCAGUUAAUAAUUUGCAAAAACUCUUAGUCAAGCUGUCUUCUACAAGUCAAAAUGCAAACGGACAAAUUUAUUUGGCUCUUUGGUUGUUGUUUUUUUAUGUUAACUUUUGUUAUAUGUUUAAUCAGUUGUUCAUGUUCGAAAUAAAUAAAGAAUCAGAGUUACUUUAUUAA